CCGAGUGGGUGCGGAAUGCGGCGGGAAGGCGGCGAGGGCAGCCUCGCUUUCCGCGGCCUGCAGAACCGCUCCCAGGAGAUCAAGCUGCGGAAGAGAAAGUCCGUCCUGUACCUUAGCUCCCAGGAGAAGAGCCCCGGGCGCCGCGGAGGUCUUCUUGGAGAAAAUGCCUGCCUGGUCUUCUUUACUAUUGCUUUGCGAAUUCUCAACUGUUUUUUAGUUCAGACAAGCUUUGUUCCAGAUGAAUACUGGCAGUCUCUUGAAGUUGCGCAUCGGAUGGUUUUCAAUUAUGGUUAUUUGACCUGGGAGUGGACAGAAAGAUUGAGAGGUUAUACUUACCCCUUAAUCUUUGCAAGCAUUUACAAGAUUCUGCAUCUCUUGGGGGAAGACAGUGUUCAGUUGCUGAUCUGGAUUCCUAGACUUGCCCAGGCACUUCUGUCUGCCAUAGCAGAUGUGAGGCUUUACUCAUUAAUGAAGCAAAUAGAAAAUCAGGAAGUGGCAAAAUGGGUGUUUUUUUGCCAGUUGUGCUCUUGGUUCACAUGGUAUUGCUGUACCAGAACCCUUACAAACACCAUGGAAACUGUUCUUACUGUAAUUGCUCUUUUCUACUAUCCUUUGGAAGGGUCAAAGUCUAUGAACAGUGUCAAGUACUCAUCCCUGGUGGCACUUGCCUUCGUAAUUCGUCCCACAGCUAUCAUUCCAUGGAUACCCUUGCUCAUCAGGCAUUUCUGGCAAGAACAGAAAAAGCUUGAUCUCAUUCUACAGCAUUUUUUGCCUGUAGGAUUUGUAACCUUGAGUUUUUCUCUGAUAAUUGAUCGUAUUUUUUUUGGCGAAUGGACCCUGGUUCAAUUUAAUUUUUUGAAAUUUAAUGUGCUGCAGAAUUUGGGAACAUUUUAUGGCUCUCAUCCAUGGCACUGGUACUUCACUCAAGGACUUCCAGUUGUCCUGGGCAGUCAUCUACCUUUUUUUGUUCAUGGCUGCUUUCUAGCCCCAAAGAGGUACCAGAUACUUUUGGUGACUGUUCUGUGGACGCUUCUAGUUUACAGCAUGCUGGGCCACAAAGAAUUCAGGUUCAUCUAUCCAGUUUUACCAUUCUGUAUGGUGUUCUGUGGAUACUCUCUAACCCACCUGAAAAUGUGGAAGAAACCAGCUCUAAGUUUCCUGUUUUUAUCAAAUAUACUCCUCGCCCUCUAUACUGGUUUAGUUCAUCAACGAGGUACUCUUGAUGUCAUGAGUUAUAUUCAAAACAUCUGUCACAACAGUGCCAAUAAGUCUUCAGCUUCAGUGUUUGUAAUGAUGCCUUGCCACUCUACUCCUUAUUACAGCCAUGUCCACUGCCCACUUGCAAUGAGAUUCCUCCAGUGCCCCCCAGACCUAUCUGGAAAAAGUAAUUAUCUUGAUGAAGCAGAUAUAUUUUACUUAAAUCCCUUAAAAUGGUUACACAAAGAGUUUAAUGAUGAUGUAUCGUUACCCACUCACUUGAUCAUCUUCAGUGUUUUGGAGGAGGAAAUAAGUGCUUUCCUAAUUUCAAGUAAUUAUGAGAGAACUGCUGUUUUCUUCCACACUCACUUGCCGGAGGGUCGAACUGGAAGUCACAUAUAUGUCUAUGAACGAAAAUCAAAAGGGAAACUCAACAGAAGAUGA